CCGUCUGUACAGCAAUCGCCAGUGACACAAGCAACACCUUCGACAGUGGGAGCUUCUGGCUCUCCACUGCAGACACCAGGGUUUCUCAAUGCCAACACUGAUAGUGCAGCAGAAGCCAAAGGUAGACGACAAGAAACGACGAGGAUGCGAUCGUCAAUCGCUUGCUGUGCAUGCCGCCGCAGCAAGACCAAAUGCGACAACAACGGCAUCCGUUUGAGUGAUGGUAAUCUCGCGCCAUGCAAAUCGUGCGCAACGAGUAAGAAAGAAUGCACGUAUCCGCCGCCGGCGCCAGCAGCCAGUCAUUCUCAACGACGUGAAAGUACAGCGACGACGGCUGGCGAAGAGGCCCCUCCGAAGAAGCGCAAAAGGCCUAUCGUGCCUACAGUAGGACCCCCCUUCCGCGGUAAAGGCCGUCUGGGAACUCCGGAAGAUGCUCUCGAAUCCGACCUACUGACACCGAAACUUUGGGACGAGCUUUGGGCUAUCCACGAGAGACACUACUCAAUGGAGUUCCCAUUCUUGCACAAGAGGAACUUCCUAGGUCCUCUUCAAAGAUUCCCGCCUGUCCCGUCCUCGGAAAAGGGACGUGCUCUUCUGGGCCAACGCACUCACGAUCCCGCAUUGGUGCUGGCAUUCCUGACACAGACAUCUCCAUUCCAUCCUGAGCUUGUAGCACAGACUGGCAGUCCUUACGAUACUGCCGAGUUCUAUGCGGUGGCCGCACUCAAAUACCUGGAUAAUACUUGGAGCAGACAAGGUGAGGCAGCCAUGCAACAGAUCCAGGCGCUUCUCAUGCUUGGAUAUCACGCGUGGGCUGCAUGUCACAGCAUACCUGGCUACAUGAUGAUCCGACAAGCAAUCGCUUUCGCUGGGGUGCACAAAUAUGCGUACGACGAGGACGCCGAAGAGCGACCCUCAGGAGACGAUCCGGCCUCGAAACGCGACCGAUUUAUCCAACAAGAAUCGCAGCGUCGCACAUUUUGGAGUUGCUUCAUUCUCGACCGCAUUCUAAGUGUGGGAAAGGGACGUCCUAGAGUUAUACAAGUGAAGGAUCUGCGUGCUCUGCAAAUUCCAUGCAGCGACAAGAAUUUCAUUUCUGGUCGGGCGGUUAGGACUAGACUGUUUGGGGAGACUGAUGAGGACUACGCGAAGCGGCGCAUGGAGAUACAUGACGAAGCCCUGCAACGCAAUUGUGGGCAUGAUCCUGCACGGAUCGAAUGGGAGGACCACCGUGACGACGGUGUGUUCGGUCGCUGGAUCUAUGCUUUGGAUCACUUCGCCGAUGUGAAUGAGUGGUCCAACAAUGGAGGCAGACGAUCGGAAAAGCCAGAGAUCGGACCAUGGAAUCCGGAAACGACGUAUUACCAACUUGACAAACGCUUGAUGGAAAUCAAAGAAGACUUACCAGAUGAGCUUCAGCUCACAUCGAUUAACACGGAGAACCAUGUUUACGAAACACCCUCCACUACUUCAAGGACAUACUAUCUCAUCCACGCCGUCCUCCAGCUUUCUACGGCAUACCUUUAUCCCGAAUAUCUACCAACCUAUGGCUUCAGGCUACAGAAGCCGCAAGGCCCAAUGGAUGCACCCUUGGUGACUGAGCCAGUGCCCGAUGAUCAGCCAGAUUAUUGGGUGGACAAGGCUAAAGAAUGCUUCGAGUAUGUAAAAGACUUUGUCAGCAUUCUUCGAUCUUUCAAGGAGAGGGACUUGGUCGUAGAGUCACCCUUUGUCGGACAUGCAGUGUACAAGGCGGCGUGGUGCGCUUCUUAUUGUCAUCAUGUCCCCAAGAUGGACCCCUCGCGAGCUUUGGACUCCAAGCUUGAGCCGAAUGCUUGGGACGUCACUAAUCAGGUCUUGGACAGCAUGAAGAGAAAGUUCAGGGUUGUGAACAUAAUGUCAAGGGGACUGGCGACCGUCGCUUCCACUUACACCGACAGACUAAGGGAGUGGAGGAACUCGGGAGGAACUCCUAUCAGCACAUUCAGCGAGAAUGAUGGCGGCCUGAACGAGUACGCUGCAAAAUUCGAAAGGGCCCACAAACAAUUUGGAAGCCUCGAGCAUGACCAGGAUGAUUUGACAUAUCCCAUCGACAAGCCCUACAGCAGGUUAGAGCAUGAAGAAGAUCUGUCGGAAUCUGUGUUGGCACAAGGUCCUGUCGCGUCUUUCAAAUCUGAGCCAGACGAGCCACGCAGAAGCAAUUCGGCCGCUACAUCAACCCAGUCCACGUUCACACCAGUCAACCCUAGUACUACAGCCACUCCAGUGCAGGCCGAACAGUCGAACAACAGCAAUCAGCCAUCUAAUGGUACGCGGCUACCGUACAGUCCGCCUACAUCGCUGGCGCCGCAGCAAUCACAUUCAUCGCAGCCGUAUCCUGGCCACUUCCCUCAAUAUGACGGAACUUACGCUUAUACCGGCACAACAUCUGGCUUCCCUCAGCCCGUGCCCCACUAUGGUGUCCAGGCACCUUACGCCCAGGCUUCCGGGCCAAACCACGGUCAAGGCAACGUUUCGUAUAACCCUCAACGGUUGAUGGAACUAGACAGAGAGGGCAAUAAAUCAAUCAACAACAACAAUGAGCUAUAUUUCUACCAGAACGACGAGUGGGCGGAGGGUUUAUUUUCAGUCGACCAAAUGUCAACCCAAACGCAGUACUUUCCAGGUCCCCAGGCUCCGUACGGAGCGUACCCUGGCCAAUGGUCCGGUCAGUAG